GCCAGUCCUGCCCUGCUUCCCGGGACCAUGCCUCCCGUAUUCGCCCGGGCGUCCCGGCGUCCGCGAGCUCCUGGGGCCUCGGCGUUCUGAGGUGGAGGGGCCUGGGUCCGUCCGCGUCGGGCUGGGCUCGGGCGGGCGCAGCGCAACUCGCCCAGCGCCAGCGGCCGGCCACCUCCUCCCGAGGGCCUGCGCACCGACAGCAGAUAUGGGAUGGCACAGGACUCCAGGGGGCCACAAGUUCCCCUUUUUCUGGAGACAGGAGCCAAGGUGAAUUCUUACCCUCCUUGUGACAACCCUUGCUCCAUACAGAGCCCUGCUCUGCUCUUCAUCCUGCCUCCUCAAUUUGCUUCCACUUCACUGGCUGCAGCCCAAAAGGCAGAAAAAGUUGAGGUCCAGGGAAAGAAACAGAGGGCAGGCCGGCUGCUGCCUUUUGAAUUUCCUCCCCAGGCUGAAUGUGCGGCUCCAGGGCAGCCAGCCUGCCUAUCUGGUCUGUUAGAAUAUGAACCUGUGUCCCGUGGGAGGGGCAGUGAAGGCCCAGAGAUGUCCCUGGAUCAGAGUCCCAGGGAGAGGUGCCCCCUGCUCUCCACCCUCAGCCUCUCUCCAAGGCUCAGACUGCUCCUGAGAUGCCCCCACCACCAGUCUCCCCUUCCUCUCCUGGCAGCCCCUUCCCAAUCCUGGGCCCUGAACAGGACACAGGGGUCCUCUGGGAUUCGGAGGUCUGUAGGGAGGGCUCCUGGAGCUCAGUAUGCAGCUGCUGGAACGGAAGUGACCAGGGAGAAUGCACAUGGGUGGGGGAUUUGUAAUUCAUUAAUCAGCACGAGGCACCGGACCAGUUUCAACACCAGAGGCUUUGCGGGUGACUCAGCGAGAAUGCGAAGAUUCAAGGCCACGGACAGAGCGAGCAUCCCGAUUGUAAAACACUUCCCCAUUGAGACGUUUGGCACCCUCCUUCCUUUGGGGUUUUGGGUUGUUGGUUUUUCCGGUGGUGAGGUAGGGGUGGUUUGGCCGGGGAGCGCUCUCCCUCCUUCUUCCCCUCCAGUCUGGGUUGGGACUUUGCUGGGAUGGAGACCUAGGGGACCCAUAAGACUAGACCCUCCCAGGGGGGUCUUCCUUCCUCCCCCUUCCUCCCUCUUCAAAGGGCUGCCAGGGGGAGUGACCUAGUGCAGAGGAAACAGCUGUCAUCUGGGGCUUGUAGACAUCCCCACGUUGUGAUUUUUCUUGGGGGACAGUCAUUGGGUCCCCAACGCUUG